AUUUUCGAACCGGAAGUCUUCUGCUGUGGGUUAUAAUUAACCACGAAUUUUAAUUUAUAGAACCUACAAGAAAUCAGAGGUGGCAAGUUUUCAUAAAUAGGCCAUAUUAGUUUACUUUAAUAACGCAAUGAGUUUGCUAAGACAAGAAUAAACACGGCGAACUGAUUUGCGAAGUAAAACAAACAUAUUACAAUACUUAACUCGCGAUAUUUGGAGCAGUCACGGAAUGGAUACCGAAGCAAUCGAAUACGAGGAAGACUUACAUCAAGAUACCGAUGUUGUUCACAUAAAAAAGAUCACUUGUGAAGAUCAAGCACGACCCGUAUUUACGGCUGGUUCUAAAGUUACAUUGAGUUGUAUUGUUCAUUUGAAGAAAGCUGUAGGAAAUCCACAGAUACAUUUGGAAAUCAGAGGAAAAGUACGUGUACAAUACGAAGGUCGAAUUCUCGACGAUUCAACACAUUCAACAAGCGGCCUUCGAAAGUCGAAGCGCCGUAAAGUGAGAGAGAAAAUGAUCUUUAUUUUGCCCGUUGUGUUAUCCCCAGCAUUUCUUGAAGCUGGCGAACAUUCCUUACCCAUAACCUUUGACUUGCCAUAUAACUUACGAACUUCAUUUGAAAGUCCAAUGGGCUCAGUGCGUUACUGGAUCCAGUCAAAUACUACGUAUCAUUCUACUGUCACUGAUGCCUUCUAUUUUGAUGUCAAUGGUCUUAAUUGUUUUAUUCAAAGAGGUAUCCCACGGGAGAAAUCCUAUGCAGAAAGUGUUAGGGGGAUAUUUUUUUCAAGAAGUCCAGUGGAGAUUAUUUGUUCAGUGGAAUGGGAAGGUUGUGAAAUUGGGGAAUCUGUUCCUGUUACUGUGAAGGUACAUGCAUCAAACAAAAAGAUCAAGUAUGUGAAUAUUGAUCUGUGUCGGGAAGUAAGCAACUUCUUGGGUGAUCCAAGGAUAGUCGUUGUAUCGUCGACCAAAGUAAAACUGAACUCUGUUUUUAAAACAUUAAAAUCGUGGAAAGGAAGUUUUCCUAUUCCUGAUGAUCUACGACCUGAGGCGUUUCAGAUCAAAGGAUUCUUCAGCGUUGCUUAUCACCUUAAGUUUACAGCAUUGACAUCAUUCAGCAACAACUUCAGUGUGUCAAUUCCUAUUAAAAUUGGGAACAAGUUACCAUCAAUGGAGAGCUUGCCGAUAGAUAAAAAUAAAUGGAAAGAACUGGAAGAGUUUUAUGAACAGACUGGUUUAAAGGGAUAUACCAGUAUAAUGAGUCUUGAUGAACUGUUUGCGCCUUCAUUAGAGGAUAUUUCCAAUGGUAUUAUGAAACAAAAAACUGAAACUCAAGUAUAAAAUCUCAGCUCUGAAGCUCUGAAGACUAUUCCAUUCUAAUAUAUUUGUCCUAACAUCAGAACCCUAUUAAUGUAUUGGCCAUGGGCAUGGAUGAUAGCACAACAUUCAAGUGAAAUGAACAAGAAUUUUGUUCAUAGAAACUUUUAUUAGUAAACUAAUACUAAUAAAUAAAUAAUUGGCAGACUUUUAAGCUCUGUACAUAUAUGAAGAUUAUGCCAAUUUUAAGCCUAACGAAUUUUAUAUAUGUAAUAUUUUAGCAGCAUAUAAUAUUGUAGAGUGGUAGCAAUACGUAUUUGAAUUUCUAUUUUAACAUGUAAAGAUACAACAUAUUUCAAAUAAAUCGACAAAG